UAUUAGUUUUAUCCAAAAUUAGAAUAAGCUGCACAACAGAUGUUUGUUACAAAAUACAACAAAAUUAGAAAAGGGCUGUGCCUUAGCUUUGCCAAUGCAUUUGAACAUUAGUUGGCUUCGCGGUAAGUGUGGAUCACGAUAACAUAUAGAGAUUCAACUCAGAAAAGAGCGUGAGAGACAACCAGAGAUAUCAAUGGCAGAGUCAGAUUUGAGUAGCAAAGUCAAAGGCUCAAGAUGGUCUCUCAAGGGCACGACCGCUCUUGUCACCGGUGGCACCCGUGGCAUCGGACGUGCAGUGGUGGAGGAACUAGCUGGGUUUGGUGCAUCCGUGUACACUUGUUCGAGGAAUGAAGCGGAGCUGAAUAAGUGCUUGAAGGAAUGGGAGGGAAAGGGUUUUGUGGUAUCUGGGUCGGUGUGCGAUGCAUCUUCGCGUGACCAAAGAGAAAAGCUCAUCCAAGAAGUAGCUUCUUUUUUCAAUGGCAAGCUCAACAUACUUAUAAACAAUGUUGGGACAAACAUAAGGAAGCCAACCAAUGAGUACACAACUGAAGAAUUUUCUACACUCAUGGCUACCAACUUUGAAUCUGUGUACCACCUGUGUCAACUUGCACAUCCUCUUCUAAAAGCUUCUGGAAUGGGAAGCAUUGUGUUCAUUUCCUCUGUUGCAGGUGUUGUGCAUAUAGGUUCUGGAUCCAUCUAUGCAGCAAGUAAAGCGGCUAUUAAUCAGCUUACAAAAAAUUUGUCUUGCGAAUGGGCAAAGGACAACAUCAGGACCAAUUGUGUUGCACCUUGGUAUACCAGAACAUCACUUGUAGAAAACAUGCUUGCUAACAAGAAAUUCUUAGAUGAAAUGAUCUCUAAAACUCCUCUUCGGCGUGCUGCGGAACCAGAGGAAGUCUCAUCCUUGGUGGCAUUCCUUUGUCUACCCGCUGCUUCUUACAUCACUGGACAGGUCAUUUCAGUUGAUGGAGGAGCGACUGUGAAUGCUUUUGAUGCAAUUGCAGCAGUCGGUUGAGCAAUUGCGUCACCCCCCCCCCCCCCCCCAAAAAAAAAAAAACCACAGCAUGAGACCCCCUAGACUGCAGUUGCGUACCGUACUAGUUUAUUUCCAUAUGUUCAUAAGCCACAAUUUCACAUCUGAUGUGGGAUAAUUUUAUGAUUGUGACUAUUAAAGUUCUUUUGGAAUAGUUUGCAGUUCAUCUUAUUCUUGCAUGCAACUGCUUAAUACUUGGUUUCUGAGUUGCAAUCAUUGUUAGUUCUCAAUCUAGGUUGCUA